AAACUUUGUCUCUGCCCGGCCUGCACCGCGGUGUUUCCCGCGCGGGCAAGCUCGGGUCGCAAGAGAGUUGGGCCUUCCUUGCCGCCGCCGGGAUGGGAUUCCUGAAAUUGAUUGAGAUCGAGAACUUUAAAUCGUACAAAGGUCGACAAAUUAUCGGACCAUUUCAGAGGUUCACCGCCAUCAUUGGACCCAAUGGCUCCGGUAAGUCAAACCUCAUGGAUGCUAUCAGCUUCGUGCUGGGUGAGAAAACCAGCAACCUACGGGUGAAGACCCUCCGGGACCUGAUCCACGGAGCUCCUGUGGGCAAGCCGGCUGCCAACCGGGCCUUUGUCAGCAUGGUGUACUCCGAGGACGGAGCUGAGGACCGCACCUUUGCCCGGGUCAUUGUAGGGGGUUCUUCUGAGUACAAGAUCAACAACAAAGUUGUCCAGCUGCAUGAGUAUAGCGAGGAAUUAGAGAAGUUAGGUAUUCUCAUCAAAGCGCGCAACUUCCUCGUCUUCCAGGGUGCUGUGGAAUCCAUUGCCAUGAAGAACCCCAAAGAGAGGACAGCUCUAUUUGAAGAGAUCAGUCGCUCGGGAGAGUUGGCCCAGGAGUAUGAUAAGCGAAAGAAGGAAAUGGUGAAAGCUGAAGAGGACACGCAGUUUAAUUACCAUCGCAAGAAAAACAUCGCAGCUGAACGCAAGGAAGCCAAACAGGAGAAAGAGGAGGCUGACCGCUACCAGCGCCUGAAGGAUGAGGUGGUGCGAGCUCAGGUGCAGCUGCAACUCUUUAAACUGUACCAUAACCAAGUGGAGAUUGAGAAGCUCAACAAGGAGUUGGGCUCCAAGAACAAAGAGAUCGAGAAGGACAAGAAGCGGAUGGACAAAGUAGAGGAUGAACUGAAGGAGAAGAAGAAGGAGCUGGGCAAGAUGAUGCGGGAGCAGCAGCAGAUCGAAAAGGAGAUCAAGGAGAAGGACUCAGAGCUGAACCAGAAGCGCCCUCAGUACAUCAAAGCCAAGGAGAACACCUCCCACAAAAUCAAGAAGCUCGAGGCAGCCAAAAAGUCUCUGCAGAAUGCUCAGAAGCAUUACAAGAAGCGGAAAGGUGACAUGGAUGAGCUGGAGAAGGAGAUGCUGUCAGUGGAGAAGGCCCGGCAGGAGUUCGAGGAACGCAUGGAAGAGGAGAGCCAGAGCCAGGGCCGAGAUCUGACUCUGGAGGAGAAUCAGGUGAAGAAGUACCACCGGUUGAAAGAGGAAGCCAGCAAAAGAGCAGCGACCUUGGCCCAAGAGUUGGAGAAGUUUAACCGAGACCAGAAAGCUGAUCAGGACCGGCUAGAUCUGGAAGAGCGGAAGAAAGUGGAGACAGAGGCCAAGAUUAAGCAGAAGCUGCGAGAGAUUGAAGAGAAUCAGAAGCGGAUUGAGAAGUUGGAGGAAUACAUCACCACCAGCAAGCAAUCCCUGGAGGAGCAGAAGAAGCUGGAGGGGGAGCUGACAGAGGAGGUAGAAAUGGCUAAGCGGCGCAUUGAUGAGAUCAAUAAGGAGCUGAACCAGGUGAUGGAGCAGCUGGGGGACGCCCGCAUUGACCGCCAGGAGAGCAGCCGGCAGCAGCGGAAGGCGGAGAUCAUGGAGAGCAUCAAGCGCCUUUACCCUGGCUCUGUGUACGGCCGCCUCAUUGACCUCUGUCAGCCCACACAAAAGAAGUAUCAGAUUGCUGUGACCAAAGUUUUAGGCAAAAACAUGGAUGCCAUUAUUGUUGACUCAGAGAAGACGGGCCGGGACUGCAUUCAGUAUAUCAAGGAGCAGCGUGGGGAGCCUGAGACCUUCCUGCCUCUUGACUACCUGGAGGUGAAACCAACAGACGAGAAGCUCCGGGAGCUGAAGGGGGCCAAGCUAGUGAUUGAUGUGAUUCGCUACGAGCCACCUCAUAUCAAAAAGGCCCUGCAGUAUGCUUGUGGGAAUGCCCUGGUCUGUGACAAUGUGGAGGACGCCCGUCGUAUUGCCUUUGGAGGUCACCAGCGCCACAAGACAGUGGCACUGGAUGGGACCCUGUUCCAGAAGUCAGGAGUGAUCUCCGGUGGGGCCAGUGACCUGAAGGCCAAGGCACGGCGCUGGGAUGAGAAAGCAGUUGAUAAGUUGAAAGAGAAGAAAGAGCGGUUGACGGAAGAGCUAAAAGAGCAAAUGAAGGCAAAGCGGAAAGAGGCAGAGCUGCGUCAGGUGCAGUCUCAGGCCCAUGGACUGCAGAUGCGGCUCAAGUACUCCCAGAGUGACCUAGAGCAGACCAAGACACGCCACCUGGCCCUGAAUCUGCAGGAAAAGUCCAAGUUGGAGAGUGAGCUAGCUAACUUUGGGCCUCGAAUUAAUGAUAUCAAGAGGAUCAUCCAGAGCCGGGAGAGAGAAAUGAAAGACCUGAAGGAGAAGAUGAACCAGGUAGAGGAUGAGGUAUUUGAAGAGUUUUGUCGGGAGAUUGGUGUGCGCAAUAUCCGGGAAUUCGAGGAAGAGAAGGUGAAACGGCAGAAUGAAAUCGCCAAGAAGCGAUUGGAGUUUGAGAAUCAGAAGACUCGCCUGGGCAUCCAGCUGGAUUUUGAAAAGAACCAACUGAAGGAAGACCAGGAUAAAGUACACAUGUGGGAACAGACAGUGAAAAAGGAUGAAAAUGAAAUUGAGAAACUAAAGAAGGAGGAACAGAGACACAUGAAGAUCAUAGAUGAGACCAUGGCCCAGCUACAAGACCUGAAGAAUCAGCACCUGGCCAAGAAGUCCGAAGUGAAUGACAAAAAUCACGAGAUGGAAGAGAUUCGUAAGAAACUCGGGGGCGCCAACAAGGAAAUGACUCAUUUGCAAAAGGAGGUGACAGCCAUUGAGACCAAGCUGGAGCAGAAGCGCAGUGACCGCCACAACUUGCUGCAGGCCUGCAAGAUGCAGGACAUCAAGCUGCCUCUGUCCAAGGGCACCAUGGACGAUAUCAGUCAGGAAGAGGGCAGCUCCCAGGGGGAGGAUUCAGUGAGCGGUUCGCAGAGAACCUCCAGCAUUUACGCACGAGAGGCCCUCAUCGAGAUCGACUAUGGAGACCUGUGUGAGGACCUAAAGGAUGCCCAGGCCGAGGAGGAGAUUAAGCAGGAGAUGAACACACUGCAGCAGAAGUUGAAUGAGCAGCAGAGCGUGUUACAGCGCAUCGCUGCCCCCAACAUGAAGGCCAUGGAAAAGCUGGAGAGUGUCCGAGACAAGUUCCAGGAGACCUCCGAUGAGUUUGAGGCAGCCCGAAAGCGAGCGAAGAAGGCCAAGCAGGCGUUUGAACAGAUCAAGAAGGAGCGCUUUGACCGCUUCAACGCCUGUUUUGAGUCCGUGGCUACCAACAUCGAUGAGAUCUACAAGGCUCUGUCCCGCAACAGCAGUGCCCAGGCAUUCCUGGGUCCUGAGAACCCAGAGGAGCCCUACUUGGAUGGCAUCAACUACAACUGCGUGGCUCCUGGCAAACGCUUCCGGCCUAUGGACAAUUUAUCCGGUGGGGAGAAGACAGUGGCAGCUUUGGCCCUGCUGUUUGCCAUCCACAGUUACAAGCCAGCCCCUUUCUUCGUCCUGGAUGAGAUCGAUGCUGCCUUGGAUAACACCAACAUCGGCAAGGUAGCAAAUUACAUCAAGGAGCAGUCGACAUGCAACUUCCAGGCCAUCGUCAUCUCUCUCAAGGAAGAGUUCUACACCAAGGCAGAGAGCCUCAUUGGCGUCUACCCCGAGCAAGGGGACUGUGUCAUCAGCAAAGUCCUGACCUUCGACCUCACCAAGUACCCAGAUGCCAACCCCAACCCCAAUGAGCAGUAGCAGUAGUUUCUGCCCUCCUGCUCUGUCUGGGAUCCCUUAGCUGCCCCUCUGCCAUUCUUUGGAUAUUUGGCGGCCAACCUUCCCUGCCUCCUGGCCCUGUUUGGUGUAGUCAUGGAAUGUAGGCUCUGCUGUCAAGCAUGAAGAGGAACAGAGAUGCUGCUGGGUCUGGAAUAGAACUUCCCGAGCCACAGGGAGCCUCCUGGCCUCUGCAAGGAGAUGCUGAGCUGGGCUGAACAGGACCAUCCCUCCAUCCCUCCAUCCUUCCCUCCCGGAUCCCUCCACCUCACCAUCCAUCCGCAUGGCUCCCCCGGGCCUUUUGCCCAGUGUGUGGAUGUGUGGCCACCUGUAUGCAUGUGCGUGUGUAUGCAGAAUAGUAAAAGAUCCUGGAGACCUGUUUUGGACAGGAGCCUAGGCUGAAUCUGCCUCCAAGAGAGCAUAGGAUAGCACCCCAGAGCUGGACAAAGGUUUUGUGCUCCUCCUGGGGGGUCUUCAGCAGUCACCUUCACUCCCUGACGUGUUUGUUCGCUUGUGUGCUCAUCAAGCACAUAACAGACUACUCUGUCCGGCUGGAUGCUUAUCAUUCGGAGUGGAAUUGUGCAUGAUCUCUGUCCUGGUAAGGAGCUGCAGUGGGUUGGGAAUUUACUGGGCUUAGCUGGAUGUUGUCAUGUACUUUGAAUGUGAGAAGAGGAUUGUCGCCUCCAGGGAAUUGUCACGUGUCGUCAGGACCUUGACCGCUAGAUUUUGAUCAGGCACUGAGAAGGCAACAAAGGGCUCUGGGGACAGUUAAGGGUCCUGGUCCCACUUUUGAUCAGUUUGACGCUGGACAAGUCAUUUGACCUUUCUGUGCCUCAGUUUCCUCAUCUGUAAAAUGGGGCUAACAGUAUUUUCCUACCUCAUAGGAUUUGAUGAUGUCAAGUUCCUCACUGCAGGCCUUACCCUUGUGUGGAGCCCAGUAGGUGCUGUCCCAUCAGAAUACAAGCCUUCUUGUGCCUGGAGCCCUGAGGGCUUCUGAUCUUAAUCCUGGCUGUUAGGGACAGGAGGAACAUACAAAUUUGGGAGGUUCUAGAUGCUCUGGUGAUUUGGGAAAGUGCCAGGGCACUGAUGAGCUCUACCUGGUCAGUGAGGGCCUGGAGAAGCCUAGAGCUUCAGUCAGGUAUGAUAACUGGGUAGUCAGCCGUCAGCCGUCAGCCUGGGUUGCGAAGAAGCAGGGGAGAGGUUGCCUGGGCCGUUUCCCAACCUGACCCGUGUGAGGUUCCUUCUGGGAACUCCUCUCAUUAGUUACUAGGAGCACCUGGCACCUUCACUUGUCCGCCUACAGACCUUUGUCUCAUCUGUGUAUUUCUUCGCUUUUUAAAGUCUAAUCAAUCCUGUUAUCUAAGUAAUGAACUUAUCAAUUCUCUUUUUAAGAAAUUAGAUUGUAUAGAUCAGGUAGCCUCACUCAGCUACCAACUUCUCUCCCCCCUCAACCUACCAUUGUACUUCCAUCUAAAAUCUAGUACUCUUACGUAGAUAAGUUUGUUGGAAAUAGCUUUUGAUGCAGGUGGCUUAUUGAAUUGUUUAUUCCAUUUGCUUGCUUUGCCUAAUAAUAAUGUUUUAGAGACCCACUCACGUUGCUAGGUUGUACAUCAAUCCCUUUUCUAUAAUUGCUGUAUAGAUCACCAUAUGACCCUACCGCGUUUUACUUGUCCCUUGCUACUGUGGACAUUAAGGCUGUUUUUAGUUUUUCCUAUUAAAGAAUAAGACACAGGACUAACCAUAUGCCUGUGAAAGUGUGUAUAUGUGUGUGAGCGAGCAAGAAGGGAAGAGUGUUGUUAUUCUUCAUAGUGGAAUUGUGAAGUCAUAGGAAUGCUAGUGUGGGCCAUAUUUAUGUUUUGUUUUUUGGAGAUACUUUCAAAUGGCCCUCUUGUCCUGUUCUGUAAUUUUCUUGUGGUGGUCUGAGAUCUGACAUAGUUACUGAUAUCAGCUUCAUCAUAGGUAUGUAGUCACAGGUUUGGUGUGGGACUGGUGUAUUUUGCUAAGAUCAAUUAAAAGGCAUGAUUAUUGAAAUGAA